GUCACAAGCCACACUCCUUGGGUCACGCGCCUGUCACAGCUCAAGUCGACCGGUGACCCUUACGUUCCUCUCGUCCUUUCCUUUUCCAUGUCACUACAUCUUAGUCUCUUUUCUGAGGACACCCUACCCUGUCUGGAUAACGCACGUCAAAGAAGCAAUCGCUAAUGAUGGCAAGUUCCAGAGGACAUUUGGCGUUGUUUUCGCCGUUGUUGUUUCUGUACUUUGUACUUGGGACGACUACAGCAGGUGUGAUGCCCAGGUAUGACCCGGCGGCUUCAGAACAACUCGCAGAUACCACUACCUUGCCUCCCCCUCCCCUGCCGCCUCCUAGUAUCGGACGUUUCAACGUCAGCGACUCCUCCACCGGUAUCCGGUGCAUCCUGGUACACAUGGGUGUGCAGUUUAAGAUCCAGUACACGUCCAAAGAUGGCGACGAUCUCAUGGCUGACUUCCAGCUCUCUCCGUACGCAGACGACAGCGGCAACUGUGAUAACGGUCAGGGAGAGGCAGCCAUUCUCCUCCAAUGGCCGCUGAGCGAUGAAGGACCCAACUACCAGUUCACCCUGUCCUUCAAGAAGGACUCCCAAGCCUCGGAAUUCCACCUUAACGACAUCGUGCUCAACUACAACCUGACCGAGGACGACUUCCCCAACGCUAACGAGACCAACGCGAUAAAGACCAUUGAGAAGCACGACAUCCAGGACACGUUUAGCGCGCCGCUAGGUCAGUCCUACCAGUGCCGCACCGAGCAGACCAUACAGGUGGGAAACGUCGCCACCAUCAACUUUGUGGGGGUUCAGCUCCAGCCGUUCGAAGUGAAGGGAGAUGAGUUCGGGGAGCCGAAAGUCUGCCCGGAGGACAUCGCGGGCACCACACCUCCCCCCACCACCCGGCCUGCCCCGCCGCUUCCACCGCCCACAGUCGGUCACUUCAACGUGACUGACGACUCGGGAAACAUGUGCAUCCUGGCUUCUCUCGGUCUGCAGUUCAAGAUCCAGUACGACUCCAGAGAUGGGGACGAGGACUUAGCGGACUUCCAGCUGUCCCCGUCCGCUGACGUGGGCGGCGAAUGUGACAACGGACAGGGAGAGGCGUCGCUUCUUAUGAGGUGGCCUGUAGGCGCUGAUGACCAGGCUCCCUACACACUCGCCCUGGUCUUCACCAAGGUCAGGAACGUCUUCAGUCUCAGCGGCCUCGUCUUUAACUACAACCUGACCCAAGACGACUUCCCAGACGCCAACGAGACCGACUCCCAGAAGACCAUCACGAUGAACGACCUUAAGGACCAGUUCAGCGCGCCGGUAGGACAGUCUUACAUGUGUCAGAGUGAGCAGACCUUACAGGACGGAACCGUCGCGACGUUGAACUUCGUCGGGGUUCAGCUGCAGCCGUUCGAGGUGAAGGACAACAAGUUCGGCGCGCCCAGAGUCUGCUCCGAGGAUCUGACCACAACUCCCCGGCCUCCCGGCCCCUCAACUACCGCCUACAUGCCCCUGCCGAUACCCGGCGACUGGAAGGUCACGAACAGCAGUGGCAUGGUGUGUAUGAGAGUAAAAGCCAGUAUCCAGUUCAAAGUGAAGUACUACACGACACGGGGCACGUUAGAACAGACGGACCUGACCGUGCCGCCCCACAUCGGCGCCUCGGGGACAUGCGCAGGGGUUACCGGGAACAGCGCAAGCCUCGUCCUCUCAUGGGACAACUUGUACACGGUAACUAUCAAAUUCUCCAAAAACAUCGGGACGGACAGUACCAGCUUCAAGCUGAACAACAUCCAGGUGGAGUACACGGUGAACGAGGACGGGUUUCCGGAGUGCCGGGACUGUGGGACGGCUGGUCGCGCCUCUAACCUCACCGUGGACGCCUACCACGGGAAGGUGGGCAGGGCCCUGACGUGUGCCACUCCCACCGUCAUCCCGGUGGACACCAACGUGACGAUGAAGAUUGCGGAGCUCGAAGCGCAGCCGUUCGGCGUCGGUCGUGACGGACAGUUUGGGGAGACUGACCAGUGUCCGCAGGACGACACCCCGUCGGGCGGGAGCUCGGGAGGGACCGUCGCGCUGGCCGUGUGCCUCACGCUCUUCGUCAUCAUAGCUUUCGGCGUCACCUGUUACUUCUACCGGAAAAAGAGGUCCGAGUACCAGAAAUUCUAAACCACUGAUUUUAAAAAAUGCAACAUAGUAACAUGUAACUUUCACAGUUUUAAAAUGCUCAAAGAAAACGUUCAAUUGUGGAAAGCUCGGACAUCUAUGUCAAACAUUUAACCAAUCAUGUGCAAAAUUUGAGUACUUUUCACCAGGACAACUGAGGAUAACAUUAAUCUUAAAAAAAUCAAUUAUACUGAUGUAGACAGCAAUAAGCAACAUCCAGUCGUGAGACAACCCACUGUAUUUCUGUAGCUUAGUCAAGUUAUUUGUCAACGAUAAGAGUAUCAUUUAUGGCUUUGAUCUGAAAGAAUACCUUCAUCUUCCAAGCAACGUAUACAUUUUAAAUAACGUUGCAUGUAGUAUUGGUUACAAAAGUCCGACCUAAGAUCAAAGAAUAUAGAGAAUAUAUAGAACCACCUUAUAAAGUACGUAAUAAACACAAACGAUAGUUGUUGGACUAGUUUAACUGUAAUGUCCAACAUAAAAAUUGGACUCACCCAAAUUUUCGACUGAACAGCAUUAGUCUUUGUCAAGGAAUGAACAAUCCACUGCUGUCCGUUAUGCAGGUAGAAGACGUGACUUAGUAAGUAAUGGAUCAUAGGUUGCAGGAAGUCGUUAAUUGUAACGAUUAUAUUGUUUCAAGGCUUCCUACCUAGCGUUAGAAGAAUGAGAAAUGAAAUCAAAUUUUCCUACUGAAAACGUAAAAGAAACACAAAUGUUGCUCGAAAAUAAGGCAAACUAAGUCGUACUUUUUGCAUGUUAUACACAGUUAUGCGUCUGGUGGGUAAACAUGGUUUCGUUAAUGUUUCAGUACGAUAUGCCAAAGUUGGGUGCCUGUAUCUCUACUGUUCUAUCCCAGAAAUAAAUAUGCUGUACCUAGAA